AACAUUUAAACAUUAACAAAAAAAAUGACGUGGAAUAAAAAUCAUUUUUACUCUCAAAUAAAUUUGCUUAAUCAUUUAUAGUAAUAUUUAAAAUAUGUUAUACUUGCCAUUCUUUUUAAAGUAUUUGAGAACUUAAACUGAUGAGUAAAAUAUUAGAAGAAAUCUAAUCUUAUCUUUACAUUAACAUAUUACUACGAUUGAUAACUAUCUAUAUCUAGUAAUGAAGUAAAGCUAAUAUACAAUGUCUGAAACUAAUUGCAAAGCUGAAGAAGACACUUUUCCUCUCCAUGAAUGUGUUUUCGGAGGCGAUGUUCGAAAACUGUCAUCAUUACUACGAACUAACGAUGUCACCAAAAAGGACAAGCAUGGAAAUACAGCCCUGCACUUGGCGGUAAUGCUGGGGCGAAAAGAUUGCGUGCAACUGCUUCUAGCUCAUGGGGCACCUGUGAAGGUUAAAAAUCUGGCUGGGUGGUCACCCCUUGCUGAAGCAAUUAGCUAUGGCGAUCGUCAAUCGAUUUCAUCACUUGUACGUAAACUGAAACAGCAAGCUCGAGAGCAAAUGGAGUUGAGGAGACCUGAUCUUAUUAGGGCAUUAGAACAGAUACAAGAUUUUUACAUGGAACUUAAAUGGGAUUUUCAUUCUUGGGUACCAUUGGUUUCCAGAAUUUUACCAUCAGAUAUUUGUAAAAUCUAUAAAUCUGGAUCUAGAAUCAGAUUAGAUACUACAUUAGUUGAUUUCACUGAUAUGAAGUGGGAACGGGGAGAUCUGUCCUUUAUAUUUCAAGGAGACAGACCAACAAGUGAGUCCCUUACUGUGUUAGACAACAAAGCCAAGGUGUAUCAGAAGGUGCGCUAUGAGGAGACAGAAAAUGAAAUUGAAGAUGAAGUUGACAUUUUGAUGUCCAGUGAUAUUUUAGCAGCUCAAAUGUCUACCAAAGGUAUCUUAUUUUCUAGAGCUCAGUCAGGCUGGAUAUUUAGGGAAGACCGAAAAGAAACUGUGGCAGGGAUAUAUAAAAGUGAUGUAUAUACCAUAACAGGCCUAGUAUUAGAAUCCAGGAAAAGAAGAGAACACUUGUCAACAGAUGACUUGCAAAAGAAUAAAGCAAUAAUAGAGAGUUGGACUAGAGGUAACACCCAGAAUUUGGAUACUAAUGGAGAGCCAGUCCGUCGAGCCUCCCUUAACCCUCCUCCAGAAACUGGUGUUGAUUGGAAUGUAUACAUAUCAUCACCUCCAGGUGAAUAUCCCAGUUUAGGUAGGGAACUUGUGUAUAAAGAAUCUUCACGUAAUUUCCGCGCCACUCUUGCUAUGAGUGAUGACUUUCCACUCAGUGUUGACAUGCUACUUAAUGUUUUAGAGGUUAUAGCACCUUUUAAACACUUUGCUAAAUUAAGGCAGUUUAUUGCUAUGAAGUUACCAAAAGGAUUUCCUGUAAAAAUUGAUAUACCAAUUUUGCCUACAGUUACAGCCAAGAUAACGUUCCAAAGCUUUGAGUUUCGUGAUAACAAUCCUCCCCAUUUAUUUGUAGUUCCAGAAGACUUUGUAGAAGAUCCUUUACGUUUUCCUGAUUUAUGACAUUUUGAUAUUCUAGCACUGUUUGAAGUAAGUGAGUACCGAAGAUUGUGUAGUGAAAUGAAGUGUCAACAAACAAGUUUUAGUGAGAUAUGUGGUAGGCCUGUACAUGGACUAGUUUCAAUUGAAUUCCCUAUGCUUUUUGGCUUGGGUAGCUCUUAUUCAAGUCAUUAUGUCCUUUAUGUUGAGUAGGGUUAUAAUGCAAUUGUGAAAGUCCAGUUACAGUGUUAGAAUUAAAUUAAUAGUAGGUUAUAAAAAUAACUGUCAUUGUGUUCACUCUUAUCCAAAGUUGAAAAAUAAAUUAUUUCCUUGAAAUCCUUGAUUAAAUAUUUUGAUGCAAUAAUAGUGUUAUGAAUUUUAUAUAAAAGCAAUGAAUUUUUAGAUUUAGAGAAAUGAACUUAAGUUUUUAUGGCAAUGACAGAAUUUUGCUGACAAAGGCAACUGAAACAGUAUUCGUAUUUAGAUUUUAAUUAACACUGGCUCGAAAGUAUGUUGGAGAAAAAUGUAAACUUGUUUCGAAUUUCUAACUAAUGUACAAACUACAUAAAAAAUGAUGAUUAAGUAUUUAUAAAAUGUUUGUUUAAAGUAUGUUUGUUACACUGUUCUAGAUUUAUAUAAAUAAUUUACGUGUUUAGUGAAUUUUAUGGUCUACAAAGUAAUUGUGAAUAAUGUCUUUACUACUUGAAUAGGCCUGUAUUUCUUAUUAGAAAUAUUUUGAAUCAAUUAUGAUGGUUCCUUAACUAGUAGUUGUCAAUUUUUUUUAAUUUGAAUACUAUAUAACAUGACAAUCUUUGUAAACACCACAUGAGCUGGUAUUUAAAUAAGACAUAUCUGAAUAUACUACAAUCCACAUGAAAAAAAUAAUAUUUAAAUAUUAGCAACACCUCAUUCAAUGCAAAAAAUUCAGUUCAAGUGAAUUCACUACUGUAUCAUUAAUUUGGUAGGCUUAUCAAACACAAGCUGAAACUAUUUUAAGACUGGUAAAUUAUUAAUUAAUUCAAUCUUUACAAACACAGCUAUUGUAAAAAUAUGCUCCUGUGCCUUCUGAAUAUAGUUGGGUAGGGACAUCAGUUUGUAUUUUAUUUAUUUAAUAUCAUAUAAAAUAUACAUUUUAUUUCUGAACAUGUUAGUACAGUCAGUAUAAAACAUGUACUUAAAAAAUUUUUUUGCUCUAUAUUUUUGUUAUUUUACCUGACUGUACCAGUAAUUGUCCAAUGUUUUAUAUAUAGAUAUAUAUUUAUAUUUGAACAACAAUGCAAUCUGUUGACAAUAAUAUUAAAAACCCACCUGAUAAGUAUUUAUUUUUCUUGCCAACACAUUUGGUAUAGCUAUUAUAAAAGACAAAUUUUUAAGGGAAUAAAUGAUUGUAGAAACAA